AUGACAUCAUGCCCAGAUGGAUCAAGUCCACCAUGCGUCUGGAAGAGAAAAAUGGCCACUGUCUGUAAUACAGAUACUACUACUUCAAGUGGUAGACUUUUAGAAUCUUCUUCAGGAGCAAAAAUAAGAAUGCAAACAAAUGGAUUGCCAAAUCAUUGUCCCGAGCCAGGUGCUAGUGUACCAAAAGAAAACAUAAUUGAUUUCGAAGUAAGCUUUAAGAAUAAACCCAGAAACAGUUAAAAGAUGAACAGAAAUCUAGCAAGUUAAGACGAGCCAGUCAAUACAUCCUUAUAUGAUGGAGAUGAUCAAAAUAGUGUGAAUAAUGCGCUAUGCGAUGGAUCAUGGACAUAAGCUGGAUUUUUAAAACAAAUAGACCCUGAAUAUAAUGAAUACUCUGGCAAUUUCGAAAGUAUUGUCGGUAUCGCUCUAAAUGGAGUACCUAUUCACACUGGAAAUUCAGAAUAUGGAUCAGAUGUGUUCUAUCCUAAGUAGUUUGGAAAGAAAGUUUACAGCGGCAAAAAGAUCUCAGUUGAUAAAUGCCUUGGAGGUUCAGAAUAUUCUGGAUAUUACCAUUACUAUGCAUGGUCUCCUUGUAUACUCCCAUCUGGACCAUCUAGGAAUUCAGAUUCUGACUCAUGCAAUUUAAUUCCAGCAUGUAAAGAUGAUGCAUUAGCAUACUCUCUAUCCUUUAUGAAGAAUUAAGAAAAGACUAUUAUGGUAAUUGGAGUAGCAAGAGAUGGACAUUCUAUACUUGGACCAUAUAGAAAAGAUGGAAUGCUAUGGUAGCCAUGUGAUGUUGAUUUAUGUAACGGGUUAGAAAUAGCAGGCAUUUAUUAUUAUGUUACUACAAUGUUCCAUCCUUACACUGUGGGAUGUUGGGGACCAGGACCAAAGAAAACAGUAUCGCAGGAAUGCUCAAAUAACGUAAAGGUUUGUAGCUAUGGAAGAAUUUUGAGCUAUGCUCUUAAGACUUUUACGAUUUUAUCUGCUAUUUAUUUCACCAUUUUUUAUUGA